AUGGCCGUCUCUCCAACCGACUCGACGCCCAUACUCCAACCACGUCCAAAGGGACCAGGGAAUGUUCGUCCAAAACGGGCCAGUUGGCAACCAUCUGGAACGCCUAGCCCACGCUCCUCGCCAGCACUCCGUUCAUCUGCCCUCCUCGACAAGGACUUGAGCCGCUCAGGCCGCAGCACGCCUGAACAGUUCACUGGGACGUUGGCCGAGCGCACGGAAGAUCAACUCAUGCGUGCAAGCAGGGAUGCUCUUCAGGACGCUAUUCGCAAGGAGUGGUCCCAUAACGAAAAGCUCAUUUCACAGGUAGAUGACAUGACCACGGCCCAGCGCGAUCACCAAGCACGGGUCGCGGAGAUGGAAUCUGCCAACAUCGCGUUACAGGACAAGUUUGACGCAUCGUUCGCCGCCCAGGGCGACAUGGAGGAGCAGCUCGAGGGUGCCAAUGACCUCAUCGACCACUUGCGACACAACCUCGAGGACGUUGAACGCCAACUCAGACAGGGGCAGCGCCGCUAUGCCGACCAGGAGAAGGCCUUUGAGGCUGAGCGGAUGGUCCACCAGGCGGAGCAGAACCACCUAGUGCACCGGAUAAAGUCUUUGACGACGGAGCGGAUCGCGCGUCCCAGCGCCGAGGAUGGUGACAUGAGUGCAGCGACGGCGGCGCUGCAAGAGGAGCUCAUAACCCUCUCGGCAAGCCACCAGACUCUUGUCGCGCAGCUCACAACGCUCGCCGAUGAGAUGCACGAGAUCAAGUCGGAGAACUCUCGCCUCAUCGAGGAGAACGAGAGCUGGCAGCUGCUCAUCGAGGAGCGGACCCUCGCGGGACACAUGAGAGGCGGCCUCAUCCCGGGCACCUCGCCCUCCCCACCUCCAGCCGACGGUGUCAUCACGCCGUCGUCGAUCCAGCGCAAGGAGCCGAGCGCGCUCGAGACACUCGAGGAGCAGCUCGAAAUGGACGAGCUCCACUCGGAGCUCGAAGCUCAGCAGCCCAUCUUCGAGGAGUCAGACCGUGCGCUCCUCAGAGUUACCUCGGGCGGCUCGUACAACAUGGAUCUCAUCUCGCCGACGCGGACCAACGGCCACUCUCUCGCCACCGAGUUCGGGGUGCAGGCCGAGGUCGAGGACCUACGGGCCCAGAUCAAGACGCUCAAGGAGGCCAACAAGGCGCUUUCGCUCUACUGCUCCAAGAUUCUCGACCGCAUCAUUGCGUCCGAGGGGUUCGAGCAUGUCCUCUCGGUCGACUACCGCACGCGCCGCGGCACCCGCACCCUUGCCAACGGCAAGAUCCGGCCCAGUGUCUUAGAGCUCGCCAAGGAUAUGGAGAAGAACGGCCCUCCCCCUCUCCCCGAGUCGCUUCCACAGCCCGCUUCCAUGGAGCCUCCUCCUUCCUCUCAGCCACCCGCGCCCCGUGCCCGCCCUCAGAGCAUGUACGUCACGUCUUCGGCCACGCCCGCUACGCCUCAUGCCACCGAGGCCCCUGCUCCCAUUGCUUCCAAGGCCCCUCCACCCGCAAAGGACGCCGACAAGGACAAACGUGCGCGUAGAGGUUUCUCAAUCGACUUCCGCUCGCUCGGCUUUGGAGCGCAGGAGAAGCCUGAGCCCAAGCCGCAGCUCAAGCCUCUUCAACUGGCAUCGCGCGCCGCCCCUGCUGGGCAGAGCCCGCCCAAGGCGCAGUCGUCUCCGGCCGUCGCCGUUGGCCCGAGCUUUGCCUCCGCUGUUCCAGGCAUUCCCGGUGCCCGCAAGCUCGCACCACAGCAGGAGGAUGAGGAGGACCGCCGCGAGCGAUCGCGCAUGGAGGCCAACCUCAAGCUUAUGGGGAUCGCAUCACCUUCGUCGGAGACUGCCUCGUUUGAGGAGAAGCCAUCCACGCCGUCGGCCACGGCGGCGUCUGGUGCUGCGGGAUGGUUCUCCCGCCGCCUCUCGCGUGCCAGUGUCCCAGUAGCACAGGCCGAGGCGCAGCGUGGCAGCACCACCUCUCUCUCGCGCCUAAGCGCGACGCCAAGCGACUCGAGCAUGCGCGCCGAGCUGGACGCCGAUCCCGAGGCGGCCAUGCGCGCCUUCGACGCCCGCGAGCGCGAGCAGGCCCGGCUCCUCGCCGAGGGCAAGAACGCAACCCCCUUCACGGCGCCGCCCAAGCCCUCGUUGCGGCGUAACCGCUCGAGCAACGGGUCGACGUUGUCUCGCCACAGCGCGCAGAGCUUCUGCAUGAGCGGCACAAGCAGCGCGACCUCGCCCUCCGUCGGUGACGGUGGUGGGGCAGUCGAGACGAUCGCGGACAAGCCGCCCGCUACGAGCCCGAGUCACCACCGCGCUCGUGAGAGCAUCAGCACUCUCUGGAGCAUGGGCUCGAGCCACGACCAUGAGUAG